UUGCUGAUCUCAUCACUCUGCUGCAGCUCGAACCAAGCUGAAGUGAAGCUGAGUCCCAGCAGCUCUCAGUUCUUCAGAGAGACGUCCGUCUCUUUUAGCUGUGAGGACGACCACAGCUCGGCUGGAUGGACGCUGAGGAGGAACACGAGCACAGGCACCAGGAAGGAGUGUGAAGAGUGGGGGAGACAAGUUGCUUCUUCCUGUGUCAUCGACAGUGUCGUCUCAUUGGACAGUGGAGUUUACUGGUGUGAGUCCACAGAGGGAGGAGCAAGUAACUACGUCAACAUCACUGUGACUGAUGAUCCAGUGAUCCUGCAGAGUCCCGUCCUCCCGGUGGAUGAGGGAGAGGACGUCACUCUGAUCUGUAAAACUAAGACGCCGCCCUUCAACCUCCUGGCUGAUUUCUAUAAAGAUGGCACUUUUGUCAGGACGACGCCCACAGGUCACAUGACCAUCCACCUUGUCUCCAAGUCUGAUGAAGGAGCCUACAAGUGUGAGGUCAGAGGCCGUGGAGAGUCUCCAUCCGCCUGGCUGUUUGUCACAGGUCAGGAGGUCAAAGGUAAGUGUGGAUUUGAGUCAGAAACGUGUGGCUCGCCCCCUAGAGGUGGAGUCGUCCUCUUCGAACCCUCCUUCACCUUGUUAGUCAUCAUCCGCAUCGUGGUCAGCUCGCCAUACGUCGUCUCCACGCUGCUCCUGGUGUCCAUUUGCCGACAGAGGAACAAAGAAAAGGCCCCGCUUGUUUCCCUGACAGCGCCCCCACCUGGCGAGGACGAAGAAGGAUUGGAGUACGAAAAUGUUGUCGCUGAUGUCACCACCGAGCAUCGCUUCUGA